AUGUUGGAUGGAGCAGUUGAGUGGCAGUGUGGGGGAUCGACAGGGGCAGAUGAGACUUGCAGUAGGGAGAUUGGUGGACAAACAAGUACUCCAGAUGGGAAAGGCUACAAUGAAGAUGGAACAUUCCAGUUAUGUUGUUUUUCUAGUUCUCUGGAUAAUGGAUUACAUUUCUUGAUUCUUUUCCAAACCAGCUUGAUUGUGCAAGCCACAGAUAAAGGGAUGCCCAGGCUUUCUGGUACAAGUGUCAUCAAGAUACAGGUGACUGAUAUAAAUGACAAUGCCCCGGCUUUUCUCCCUUCUGAAGCAGUGGAAAUUGCAGAAAAUUCUUCGCCUGGUAUAGUUGUGACUCAGAUAUCAGUUCAUGAUGUGGAUUUGAAUCCAGCUUUCAUCUUCAAUUUCGCCAAAGAGAGUAAUCCUGGAAUCAAGUUUGCUAUUGAUCAGAAUACUGGAGCAGUGGUGCUCGUGAAAACACUGGAUUUUGAAGAAGCUACCGAAUAUGAGCUGUUCAUCCAAAUUUCGGAUACUGUGCAUGAAACAGAGGGAACGCUCAUUGUCUGUGUGGUGGAUGUCAAUGAUAACCCACCUGUAUUUUCUCAAGAUUCUUACCAGGUCACUGUUCCUGAAUCGGUGCCUGUGGGGUACUCAGUGCUGACCGUGGCAGCCACGGACCUAGAAAGCAAUGAGAACAUUUCUUACAGAAUCCUUUCCUCUUCUAAGGAAUUUUCAAUCGAUCCAAUGAAUGGCACAAUAUUUACUAUCAAUCCUGUAUUACUGCUGGACAAAAAAUCAACAGUUCAGUUUCUUGUUGAAGCCAGUGAUGGUGGAAUUCCUGACCUGAGGGCUCUCACCUUAGUAGAGAUAGAAAUACAAGAUAUGAACAAUUAUGCUCCUGAGUUUGCGAUAGAAUAUUAUAAUCUCAGCUUGAGGGAAGAUGCUCAAAUUGGAGGCACGCUUGUCACAUUUUCAACCAUUGACCAUGACUGGACCCGUGAAAACACACAUGUUGAUUAUUCCAUCAUCAGUGGUAAUUCACAGAACAAUUUCCAUGUGGAAACUAGUUUCAUUCAUUCAGAAUAUCCUUAUAAGCAAGUUGGUUACCUGGUGUUGCUUCACAGUCUGGAUAGAGAAGCAGCUAACGGUCACAAGCUUGUCAUUCUGGCAUCUGACCACGGCUUCCCUCCAUUGAGCUCCACAGCCACUGUAGCAAUAGAAGUACUGGAUGUCAAUGAUAAUCCUCCUAAAUUCAACAGUCUGAAAUAUCACGCCCACGUCAAGGAAAGUACCCCUCUGGGGAGUCACAUCACUGUGGUCUCUGCACAUGACCGUGAUGUGGGUUCACAUGCAGAAAUCAUCUACCACAUCGUCUCUGGAAAUGAAGAGGGGCAUUUUCACUUGGAAGAAAAAACUGGAGUUCUUUAUUUGAUUAAACUUCUGGAUUAUGAAGAAACGACAAAAUUCACUUUAACCGUUCAAGCUUCAGAUGAAGAAAAGAAGCAUUUUUCGUUUGCAGUUGUGCUUAUCAAUGUCCUGGAUGAUAAUGAUCAUGCACCUCAGUUUAUGUUCUCGAGCUUAAAUUGUGUUGUUCCUGAAAAUGUGCCUGUUUUCUCCACCAUAUGUUCCGUAAAUGCUCUGGAUUUUGACGCAGGUCCUUAUGGAGAACUGACCUAUUCUGUGUUGUCGCCCUGUUCGGUCACUCACGGGAUGCCUCGUGAUCAUGACCCCUUCCUCAUUGACCCUUUAACAGGGGAUAUUCACACUCAGCAAGUCCUUGACUAUGAAAAUGACAAUAAAUACUGCCUCACAGUGCAGGCAAAAGACAAAGGUGACUCAACAGCCACUUUAACGGUUUGGCUGGAUAUUGAAGGGAUAGAUGAGUUUGAACCCAUGUUUACUCAAGAGGAGUAUUUUUUCAACCUUCCAGAGAAGAAUAAAGUGAGACAGCUGAUCGGCAGAGUGGAAGCAUCGGAUGCAGACGCGGGUAUUGAUGGAGUUGUUCUGUACUCUUUGGACGUUCCAUCUCCUUUCUUUUUAGUGAAUAAAACGAACGGAAACAUCUAUUUGACUAGAGCACUUCCCCUAAUAAGAAGUCAGUUCCGUGAACAAGACACCAUUGAAAUGAAAAUCAUCGCUCGUAGCCCCAAACCGGACUCCAAGUUUACAUUCUGCACUGUUUUUGUGAAUGUGUCUUCUUUCUCAGAAGGACAAUACUCAGGAGUAUCUGGCAGCGGCUUUUCAAUCAGCCUCACGGUCUCCUUUUUAGUGUUUCUGACACUCAUCUUCAUUCUAAUUGUACUGAUUUUAAGACAUAAACAAAAAGACGCAGCCAACAAUUACAAAGACAAGAAAACAUCAUCCACCUUAGAUAUCAGUUUGAGACUGACCACAGAGGGCAGCAUGCUCAAGCCCUUCCAGAAGACUAACGAGGACAAUAACGCGGUGGUGCCCGCGGACUCCCUGCCUGAGUGGUUGAGCUUAAUAAGUCUCAUGGAGAAGGACAUUGUGAAUUUGUACAGGCACUCAAACUCCAGUGGCCACUGCUCUGUGGAAGGAGAAACUGCAGAAGAUAAGGAAAUCCAGAGGAUAAACGAGCAUCCUUACAGAAAGGACGCUGGCUCAGCUCUGAGUGACCGGGAGUCCAGGGUCCCAGACUCUGGAAUCCCAAGGGACUCGGACCAGCUCUCCUGCUUGUCUGGAGAAACCGAUGUGGUGGUCACUGCUGAAACAGCAGAAACCAGCCAUGCAUUUGGGGAAGAAGAUCGAGAAGGCUGUGGCACAACCUAUGUUCAAAAUAAUGUGUUACCCCAGACACUAAAGAAGAGAGAGGUAAAAGAGAGCAUCCAGGCUGAUGUCAGGAGAGAGUCCGUCUUUAUUUCAGGGGAUCAGGAAGCAAGGUGUGUGGCUCUUUCCCCCCAGAGAACCUCUAAUCACGAUGUGAGAGGCAACUACCACUGGGAUUAUCUCCUCAGUUGGGAACCCAAGUUCCAACCUCUCGCCUUGGUAUUUAACGAUAUUGCAAAACUAAAGGACCAACAUUUACAGACGUCUGGCAUUCCUAAAGAGAAGUCUUUGGUUUUCCCACCACCUUUGAUUACUGCAGUAGCCCAGCCCGGGCUUAAAGCAGUUCCACCAAGAAUGCCAGCCAGAACCCCGGGGCAAGUGCUUCACAAAUACCCACACUCCCCCCUUCCCUACCAUCUCAGUUCUCUGCCUGAAGCCAUGACUCCCAGCUUUUCUCCAUCUCUUUUCCUGCUGACUACAAAGACCCCUGCUGUGACCGCACGGUCGUCACGUGGGGAAUCGUCAGGAACACAUCUGAGUGGUACAUGCCGUGAAAUUAAAGCAGAAGAUGAAGUUCAAAUAUAACCUGAUUGUGAGGUCACCAUCGGUCAUGAAUGGUUGAACAAGACAUUCUUAAGCUAGCUCUUCAAGAUUGGUUAAAAUGCAGUCAGGGUUUGCAGAAUCUCCUCAUUUAAGUUUCUCAAAUUUCUUCCAGCCUUAAUGAGAAGUUACCCCCCUCUUUUAACCUUUCUGUUUUGCUCUCAGGACUCAAGUUUGUAUAUAAAAGUAGUGUAUAUUCUGUCGUACCUGGUUUUCUGUAUGAUUAAAUCUCCAAAGAACACCAUGAGCUAGACUGACUGCCAAAAUGUUUCUAUGAAAAUAAAUGGAAAAUAAGUAUAGUGCAGUCCGGUCACAUUACUGCUGAUUACACUGCUAUACUUAAAAUAGAUUAGUUAAGACUGAAUAAGGAAUGAAUGUAGGACAGAAAAUAAUGGAGAGGGGAAAUGGGGAACGAUAAAUUUAAAUGUUAAAAUGAAGUCAUUUUCUGUAGAUCUAGUAUGUUUAGAGUUGUAUUUCUCUCCUUUCCCCAACCUCAUUUAGGGAGUUUUGCCAUAAUUUGAAUUUUAAUAUGGUGUCUUUUGGACAUCUAAUGAGAAAUUAAGAAUGAAAUUUGUCAUAACUGUGCCAAAUAAGAAAAUUAUUCCUGAUUAAGUGAACCAGAAAUGCAUGGUCUUGAUAGAGGGCCAGGAUUGUUAGAAGCAAUAAGUAUAUGGUUGACUGCCACCCAAGACAUAUUUGCUUGGCCUUCUUUACAAAGAGAAUGAUGAUUUUUUUUUUUUCAAUGCUCUGUCUUAUAACAUAGUACAGGUAUAGAAAUUAAAUUUUAAAGAUUAAUUUGUAGAUAUUCUUCAUUUUAUUUUCUUCUAGAUACAGUAACUUUGGGUGUGAAAUAAUUUAUCCAUUCAACCUCACUUUUAAAAGUUUGUCUAGAUAAAAUUAUGUUAUUAGCUAAUAAUAAAUUCCAUAGAGUAAUUUAGCACUAUAUUUUUAAUUGAAGAUUUUUUAUAUAAAUAUUUCUACUAUAAAAGUUAAGAAUGGAUGUCAGAAGUCUCUCUUCCAUCUGUUCAUACUCACCUUUAGUUUUAACUGUCAUUAGAUGGAGCAAUUUGACAACAUGGUUAAAAUAAUUGUUUUGUCCAGCUACUGUUUCAGGUAUAUAGUGGUGUUGUGUGGUGCUUACAUAUAAUGCUAUAUCCUUCUCUCUGGUGAGCCUGAGAAUCCAUCAAAGAUUCUUAUCCCUUCCAGAAAAGCUGAGGGCAUGAUGCUGCUGAUGGUCCAGAAGUCAUCCAUGGUAGGCAACAUGGCCUUGCUUUGGGAUAAGAGUUUAGGAUUCUAAUGUCAAGUCUAGAAGGCAUCUAAUAUGGUUUUCUUUAGUUAGUGUGAGCUUCUGCUGUAGAAAUAUUUCCUUUAUUUUUUUCAAUAGGCCUUAUCUGUAAAAUUAUGUGAGGUACCUAAUUUCUCUUAACUAGAAAACAUUGCAAGAUGCCAUGUUUGAUAUCUGGUUUUGUAGAUAAAUAAUUCUAAGGCUUCCUAUGCUGAUUUUAUUAAUUAUAUAUCUGCUGAUUCUUAGAGUGGGAACAAGCAUAUAAAACCACAUCAGAAAUUAUAUGAAACAUGAAGGCUUUUGGACGAGCCUAGAAUUCUAGGGAAAGUCAUUUAGUCAUGGAACACUUAAAUAUUAAAAGAUGGAUGCAUGUCUCUCCUUUUCUUCAUGGCAUACAGGGAAGAAGAUUUCAUGGUUUUUCUAAAGAAAUUAAUCAUUUCAGUGUUCCAAUAUUUGUUCUCUUUGACUUCCUUCAAAAAAUUACUUUGAGCAUACAAAAGAAAACCUGUACUAAUUUUUUUUUCCUAAUUAUAUAUGGAAGUCUUGUUUUGCAAGAGAUUUAUUACUAGGAACCAAAAACAUUUUGUUGUUUUUAAUUAAACAAGUUCUUCAUUUUACUUAUGUUUAAAAAAGAGUCAUCCAUCUAAUUCUUCCCUGAGUUAUUGGCCUGUGAUUUGUUACCCACUCUAGACACAAUUCUGCAUUUUUCUAGACAUUUAAUAAAAACAGAAGACAUGAGGUAUUUAGAGCUCUUCCUUACUAAUAUCUGGUGGAUUUUUAAUUGAUGACUUUAUUAUACUGUAUCCAAUGCCUCACCACCACCAAACAGUGCUGCUAGUGGAGUUAAAACUGAAAAUGUGAACACACUGGCUAAGUGUUUGCAAUCAAUCCUAUGUCGGCCCUUUCAACUAGAGUGCUUUUUUCCUGAGUAAACAAUUUAAUUUGUAUAGUUUUCCUUCAAGUUUAAUAUUAACUUGCCUCAUAUGUUCUGUGUUACUUUGCUGAUCUACACACCAGCUUUAGCACUCUGGAGGGGGUACAGAACUUGUUAGUGGAAAAUCAUAUUAAGCCCCAAAUUCAUAAGCUAUAAAAUAAAAGACAGUUGUCUCUUGCGGAAUUUUGGCUGCCUGAAAUUCUGGGCUUUCUUGUUGGCAGCUUCAAAAUACUGGUGUAAAUCGGUACCAAAUGGAUAUCAAAAUUCCAUGUCCUAGUAGUAAUCAUUGAAUUGGUUUCCAAAACAGAUUCCUGGGCAAAGAAAGGGGGGAAAAUUCUGUAUGUUUAGGGAUUUAGUCAUCUAACUGUUCUUUAAGAAUAUUAAAAUGUCCUAUAAAUUCCUGGCUCCCUGCACGUACACAUACCUAGUCUGGGAUGGCUGUCCACUUGAGACAGGAGCUGUGCUUCUCAGCACCUCUACCCUCAGCCUCAGAACCCCCCUUGCUGUGUUUUCCACAAGUUAGAGGGAUGAAAAUGAAUUAUUAAUUUUAAAACUAUUGCUUUGCCAUUUUACACAUACCUUAACUUUAGCUAAAAAACACAAAACAUAAUUAAAAGGAUCUAAGAUGAUGAUCCACUUCAAAGCAGUGAGGUACGCGGAGUGAAUCCGGUUGCUGGAUUCUCGCAGGAUAUUACGGAUAAAUGCAUUGGGUUUAUCGUCACAGCGUGUUCCGGUUGAGCUCCCAAGUCUAUAGCGCCAUCUGUUUGGUCAUAGCCUUAGGAUGAGGAUAGUUAGGAAGAGAGUUAGGAUGGAAAAUCAUUCUAUCCAAGAGGAAUACCGAGAUCAGUGAAGCUGUAGAAGCUUGGCUUUGACCAAGACUGGGCAUCCAGCAUGAGUCACUGAAGGUAGGUUUCAUCCAUUACUGAGGUAGAGGGAGAGAAGGAAGGAAGGCUGGAAGAGGAAAUAGAAGAGUCAAUCUGAAAAGCAAUAGUUUAGGGCACAGGUAGAGAAAGGCAAGAAGGCAAAAGGUUAGGACCAAAAACUAUUUUUCAGUGUAAAGAUGUCGCUGAGUCGUUUGUCCUUCAUAAGUUCAUCUUGUCAAGGAAUUUUUUUUGGGGGGGGGAAUCUCUUUUCUCCUUCUUCCCUUCUGUUCUUCCAAGUAUCUCCCUUCAUUAUCUGAAAAUUUAGGUUUAUCAAGUUGUGAACCUAAAGCUACAU